AUGCCAGUACCACCUCAAGACAACCAUCAAGAAUCUCUGGAACCUGAUCCCCAAAUGCCAAGCCCACACCCAUCUUGCAGUGGGGACUAUGAGCGCGAUGUUGAUGCGGAUGGUUACCAGGGCGACAUGGACGAACAUCUGCGCCAACAAUCCCCCCAUGCAGACGUCAACACCGAGUUUUUUGGGCGUGGCGAUCAGCUUUAUCGCAAUUAUCACACAAGUCUUAAUGGUAGACCAUGUGAUGUAAAUGGUGUAUACCUCCCCCCCGGCGCUCCACCUCCACCUCCUGAGAAUCUCGCAACUGAUGACUGGACGCCUUUUCGGAACCGCACAGAAUUUGAAAUGGCCGAGUUCCUCUACAAGCACAAUCAAAUGCCAGCCGGUCAAAUUGACCGGCUGCUGGAUCUAUGGGCAUCUACCCUUGCAAAGCACAACGACAACCCGCCAUUUGCAGAUCACCGUGAUCUGUACCACGUCAUUGACAGUUCGCCCUUUGGGGAUGUACCAUGGCAAUGUUUUACCGACGAGGACAAGCCCUGGAUGGACGACGAGUACGAAGUCUGGUUCCGCGACCCAUGUGAAGUUGCACGCAAUAUGCUCGCAAAUUCGACUUAUGCUAACGAGAUAGAUUACUGCCCGUAUAGGGAGUAUUCAACUGAGGGCAACAAGCGCCAAUGGAAGGAUUUCAUGUCUGGUGACUGGGUGUGGGAUCAAGCAGACAAAAUCACGAAAGACCCGAGCACUCUCGGGUCGACAUUUGUCCCUGUCAUCCUUGGCAGCGACAAAACGACAGUUUCAGUCGGAACAGGUAACAAUGAGUACUACCCGCUCUAUGCUUCCAUUGGGAACAUCCACAAUAACGUUCGAAGAGCACAUUGUGAUGGUGUGGUCAUCAUUGGGUUCCUGGCAAUGCCGAAAAGUAUAUUUCAUCGGCAGUUAUUCCAUUUGUCCCUCUCCAAAAUCCUCGAUCUGCUCAAGCCGGGCAUGAUGACUCCCGAAGCAACACGUUUCAGAGACGGACACUACUGGCGUGUCAUAUAUGGACUAGGGCCUUACAUAGUGGAUUACAAAGAGCAAGUCCUACUAGCGUGCAUUGUCCGUAAUUGGUGUCCGAAGUGUGUUGCAAAUCGCGAAGAUCUCGACGAAGAUGCGCUGCCCUGUAGCCGCGAAUUUACAGAGGCACUCGUUGAAGAAGCUGACUCGGGAGAUCUUUGGGAAGACUUUGGAAUAGUCGCGCAACUUGUGCCAUUCACGAACGACUUUCCCCGAGCCGAUAUCUAUCAAAUGAUAUCACCAGAUAUCCUCCAUCAACUUAUCAAAGGCGCCUUCAAGGAUCACCUCAUGACAUGGGUCGAGAAGUACCUCCGUCAGACACACAACAAACAGAAGGCACAGAAAAUUAUGGAUGAUAUUGACCGCAGAAUCGCUGCUGUCGCCUCGUUUUCAGGCCUGCGACGAUUUCCUCAAGGGCGCGGAUUCAAGCAGUGGACAGGAGAUGACUCUAAGGCCUUGAUGAAAGUCUAUCUACCUGCUAUCGAGGGCCAUGUACCUCAAGACGUCAUUCGCGCCUUUCGCGCACUUCUAGAUUUUUGUUAUCUUGUCCAUUGCAAUAUAAUCACUGAAGACUCUCUACUUCAAAUCGAGGACGCACUCUCUCGUUUUCACCAUUACCGCAAAAUCUUCAGGACAACAGAUGUCGUCCUUCACUUCUCCUUACCUCGUCAACACUCGCUCAUGCACUAUGCUCAAAACAUUCGACUCUUUGCUGCACCCAAUGGUCUCUGCUCGUCAAUCACCGAGAACAAGCGCAUCAAAGCGAUAUUACUGACCAAUCAACGGCUCGACAAACUUUCAGCACUGCAAGUCGACUUCACGCGUCAGGGGAUGCUCACUGGCACUUGUCUCUCAGCAGCAAAUGCGUUAGAGGGCAAAGCUCGCACUCAAACCGUUCCUGCACUCGCCGAUGAACUUCAUAUUCCUCACCUACCCAACCUUCUCAGACGCUUCUUAUUUCAACAGUUGCAUCCUGAUGAUCCCCGCGACCCAUCUGAUGUACCUCUUGCUGAAUGCCCUCUCUAUCUCAGCAAAAUUGCGGUGUUCAAUUCAGCAUCAUUGCGAUUCUAUGCACCAAGUGAUUUGAGUGGUAUUGGUGGCAUGCACACUGAACACAUCCACUCUUGUCCCUCCUGGCGAGGUGGGCAUUCACGCAAUGACUGUGUCUUUGUCAACACAGAUUCCAAUCUGCCUGGCAUGCAAGGUCUCGAAGUUGCGUGCGUUCGCGCAUUUUUUUCAUUCCAGUACCGAGGCGAAGUGUAUCCCUGCGCUGUGGUUCACUGGUUCGACAAAAUCAGCAAUGCUGCAGACGAAGACACGGGAAUGUGGGUGGUUCGUCCAGGAGAGGGUGCAAACAAUACUGCGGAGCACGCUAUCAUUCAUAUUGACGCCAUUUAUCGUGCUGCCCAUCUUAUUCCCAUGUAUGGCAUGGAAUUUCUGCCUCAGGAGCUCAAAUUCUACCAUUCCUAUGACGCAUUCCGCACCUACUAUGUCAAUAAAUACGCCGACCAUCACGCCUUUGAGAUUGCAUUUUGA